GCUAUCAUUUUUACAGACCUGUGGAGCUGCAAUCAAUAUUCCACUGGGCUUAAAGGAAGAAAGGAGCUCCUGAUAAUUCAAUUGCAUUAAGCCGUCUACUAGUCAGAUUCCUCAAUCCUCAAGGUCGGCAAUUCACGUCGUAUUCCAAUAUUUCUACCAUUUUAGUUGUGAAGGAGCGGUGGGGCUGCGAAAAAGCAUAUGAACUGUAGCAAUGGAAGAUGGUUCAGAGAAGCUGCAAAAUGUUCCUUCGUGGGAUUGUGGAAGCCCUCUGUACGAUUCGUAUGAACUGGCAUCGAUAAUCAAUCAGCUGGACCGAGGAUUGGCUACUCUCUAUCCCUCUUCCAGGCCGCCUCCAGAUCGCCAGAGCUGCUACACUUCAUGGAUCUCCUCCAAAUCCCAAAAGAUCAAGAGGGCCUCCGGCAAAUACACUUGUCGUUUUUGCAUCAUCUCGUCAGGAAAUGUUGUUGAUGCAAGGAAACGCGUUAACAGAAAACAUCCGCUUGGCUGGUUAUUUCGGCUGCCAUGGAUCGUUUCACAGGGAGUAAAAUCAAUUCCAUUUUGGAAAGUAGCUGUUGGGGAUUGCCCGAGUCAGAAGCAGAUUACAGAUGAUCGUAAUGGAGGCCAAACCAGCGAGGGCAGCAAUUCUAAUGGCAAACUUUGAUAGCAGAAUUCGUUGCGCACUUCGAAGGAUUCUCGAAAAGCAUCUGUAAUUCAGCCACAAUUCAGCUUUCUUUUAUUCCAAAUCAAUCAGCAAUUACAUGAACAAUUAGCUACAUAUUCAGUUCUGCAACAUCUAAUAUCAUGAUGUAUCUUGAUGACUGAAUAUCAAUUAUGUUAAAAGAAUCAUGGCUUUUAUGAAAAAGCUUUAUGUUCUAGGAGUUCUUUCUACAGAUUAAUUUGGAAUUAUUUA